AUGGCGCAGACCCUCCCAGAAUAUUCGAAGCCAGCCUCCAGCCCUGGCUCCCAGAGCCUGCAGCAAACCCUGCAGCCGACCUCAGGGGCUUUCAAGACGCUCCAGACAGGGACGCACGAGCUGUUCAACUUCGACGAGCUAUUCACCCACGGUAGGACCGGCGGCGGACGCUGCUCGUUGGCCCUCGGCCACGCGUCCGACCACGUCGCGCUGGCCGCCGCGCUCCUCGGCUGGGCGGAGGCUUGCGGCCAGGGCGGCGAGGCGCGCGGGGCCGCCUUCGUCGCGAGGCACUCGCUGAACUCCGAGGUGCUCGACAUGGGCGUGAAGCUCCUGUACGGGCUGGUGGACUGGAUGGUCGAGCGCGGCGGCGAGGAGGCGUACGGCUUCGACGGGGUCGGCACGGGGCCCUGCGCUCUCGAUGAGCGGGGCCUCGCCUUGUUCAAGCUGGCGCUCUGCGCGAGCUUCUCCCCGCAGUGCGUUCGCGUUACUGACGGAGUUCAUACUGAUCGAGGCGAAGAAGCCGUAUUCCAUUCAUCGAGUGUGAACUUCGCUUUUGACUCUAUCGGCGACGAGGACGAUCCGAGUCAAGGCCAGUGGGCUAUUUUCAGCAACUCCAUGCGGCUUGCCAAGCUCAACCUCAUGGAGUCCACGAUUCUGGAUGACGCCUACGUGAUCCUCGGCGCACAGUGCGCCGUUUUUCAGCCUUCCGACGCGGGGCCCGCGGCUGGAGGCGAGGUGGACCUGUGGCUGGACGGCUGGACGGUUCGCGCGGACGCCGCGGUCGCCGCAGAAGCGGGGCGCCUUCGCUCAGAGCUGAGCACCGCCCUGAAUGACGCCCUAGAGGUUGACGAGAGGCAGGCGGCCGCCAUGAUCGACAGUGCGACGCUGGAGGCACUGGCAGGCUUCCUGACCCGCGGCUGCCGCCUCGCGAGGGCCCGGGCGUGGCGGCAGCCCCGCGCGCCGGAGAGGGACCGCUGCUCGGCCAUGGUUCGCGGCCUGCCGGAGAGCGUCUUCCCGUCCGACCUGGAGGGCCUGUUCGAGCCCUUCGGCCACGUGGUGGACGUGCACAUGCCGCAGCAAGACGACGAGGCGGAGGCCUCCGUCGCUCGCCUGGGUGCCGCCGAGAGCACCCUGCAUCCAGAGGCCAUCGGCCCAGCCCGGGACAAGGAUCUGCAGAACACCGGGCCGCAGGAUAGGCCGAACCUGCCGUUGGACGGGCUCUCUACCUUGGGGCGCUCCGAGGCUGACUCCGUGGACACGUCCUGCGAGUUGCAGCCAAGCCCGAGGGCGCUUCUCAGGUCUUCGGUCGCAUCCCCAGAGAAUGACCGGCAGCGCCACCAGCGCUUCAUCAGGAAGAGCGCCAUGCGCAUGGCGGUCAUGAGCGACGGGAAGAGCCACGAGGAACGGACGCGCAGCUUGCAGGACAAGCAGGAGUUGAUAGACAUCCUGGCAGAGAAGGGAGGUGGCAGCUUCCUGCGCGGCUGGCGGCAGCACCUCGACGCAGACGGCACCCUGGAGGUGCGCUUCGCGGCCUUCUGCCAGGCGGCCGCCCAGAUAGCCUGGAGCGGCGACGUGUACAUGCUGCUGGGGGGAGACCAGGACGUCAGCAGCCUCACCCUCGAUGAGCUCUGCCCCAGCAGCGGCGCCCUCGUUCGCCGGCUGAAGCGCUGGGUGAAGGACAAGUUCGGCUCCACGGCCGAGCUGCACAAGGCCUGCGAAAAGGCCUCCGACGCGCAGGGGGCCGGGCAGGUGACACGCGAGGGCUUCGUGACCACAGUCAUCACUUCCGGCUUCUCGGCGUCCGUAGCCGACAUGUCCGAGGUGUUCGACAUGUGCGACGUCGACAAUGCGGAGUCCAUCCAGGCGAGCAGCCUGAUAUUCUUGGAGGAGGACGACGAGGUCCGCGACGAGCUGCUGGCGAAGUCGCGCAUCACGUCGCUGCAAGAGUGGCGCUAUCGAAGACGUAGCACAGGAGUACGUCGAGCGCGACAGGCCCCAUGUGUCCCCCCACCAUCGGUUGGCUCCGAGGCCGUGGCAGGCGAGCACUUUCGAGAAGCUGCCCUUCGUGGCGUGCCGCAGGCGCUACGACAGGCGGCGGGAGGAGGUCAGGAAGCAGAAGUUUGCGAAGGAGGAGUUCUGGAAGUACGUCCACUCGACGUACGGCAACGAGAUCAGGUUCUUCCGCCGCCUUCUGGACGCGGGCCAGGCCAACCAGUAUACGCUCACCCAGGUGCAGCUGCGCUACCACAUGGGGCAAGCCAACGUGGGUAA